GCUACACUUCGGCCUAUACUACGUCUAAGCAGCUACGCACUUAAAAAAAUUUUUUAAUUAAACGGCAAUUUUUUUCUCGGACCACUUUCUACGAAUUAAUGUAGAACAAAGUGGGCCCUUUGCACAUUUGUACUCUUGAUAUUUUUAAAAUAUUUUUUUUCAUUUCACAAGGUAUGCCUCAAACGCCUCUGCGUGUCGCUGUCAUUUGCUCGAGCAAUCAAAACCGAAGCAUGGAAGCGCAUAGCUUGCUCAGCAAGAAGGGCUUCGAUGUGCGCUCGUUCGGCACGGGAACGCACGUGAAGCUGCCGGGCCCCUCGCCCGACAAGCCCAACAUCUAUGAGUUCAAGACGCCCUACGACGCGAUGUACCAGGACCUUCUGCAGCGCGACAAGGACCUGUACACACAAAACGGAAUCCUGCACAUGCUUGACCGCAACCGACGCAUCAAGCCGUGCCCGGAACGCUUCCAAGAGUGCCCCGAAAGGUUUGACCUGAUCCUGACGUGUGAGGAACGGGUUUACGACCAGGUCGUGGAAGACCUGAGCGGCCGUGAGCAGGAGAGCUUCCAGCCGGUGCACGUCAUCAACGUGGACGUGCAGGACAACCACGAGGACGCGACGCUCGGCGCCUUCCUCAUCUGUGAGCUCUGCCAAUGCAUCCAGCUGACCGAAGACCUGGACAAUGAGAUUGACGAACUCGUGCAGGACUUUGAGGAGAAGAGCGGGAAGCUGAUUCUGCACACGGUGUGCUUCUACUGAUCGCGGCAUGGGGGGUUUUCUCUCCGCGGGUACGAGGAGUUUUGCGGGGGUGCUGAGAUUCACGAGAUGGGGGGGGGUGGGGGUUGAGACGGGAGGCAUCCCAUCUUGUACUGGUACCCCCCCCCCCGCCUUUCCACCAUGCCCCCCCCCAAUUAGUUCCGUUUAACUGCCAACCGGGAUGACACUUGGCUGACACUCGGCUGCGUUGAGCUUGCCCAUGAAUGGCCGCACCGAAUGCCCGAGACGAUGCCAUUGCAGUGCCGGGUCCCUGGAGCAAGGAAUUAAAUGGGACGCCCCCCCCCCGACCCCCCUAGCUCCCCCUCCACCUCCCCCCACUGCCUCCCCCCCCCCCCCCACCCUCGUGCGUCGUCUGGAGGAUCCUUCCAGCCCGUGGGCCGCGAUGCAGUUGCACCGCCUGCACACUCGCCAGCCGUGCCACUGCGCCAGUGAACCCCGGUUAUUGCGGUCGCGACAAAAUGGAAGAGAAUCGAUCGCCGCCAAAGGUCGGGGGGGGAGGGGAUGGGGGGGGAGGGGUCACGCACGUGGUUGUGCAACGCAGCCUCGCGUGUUUUUGCCGGUCCGCAGCAAAAUGUCACAAGCCGUCGGUGUCCCGUCUGCCGCAACUAAUUAGACGGAGUAAGUCAUUAAUUCUUCCUGCGUUUCUCCCAAUUCCUCACAGGAUACCCCCCCCCCCACCAACCCACCCAGCGUCUAGCGUCAACCCCCCGCCUCUUGGAAGGGAGCAGAUGUGAGUGAGCGGUACGUUGCCGUUUUGCUCAUGGCAGAGUGGCGGGCACUGGUCAAAGUGAAAAGUCGGAAUGGAUCGGGCGCACAGCGGAGCGGAGUGGGGGCUGGAUUGCGGUGGAUGCAGCACGGUGGGCGCUGAAGGUGAAGAGCGGACAAAGGAAAUGUUUAAGACUGCCGGAAAAAACACCGAGAGGUAGCAUUCGGUUUGGGGACAGUGCUAGUGCUAGUACGAGUGCGGCGAGGGUUAGAGUUCGUGUUUUAUUGACUCGUGUUGUUAGCGGUAGGGCAACUGUUUGCCUAUGGAUUGGGAGGAAGACCCGUGUUCAGUUAGCUAGUGGAGUUUGGGUUCGGGGUAGAGCUUCUAGGGCAGUUUGGUUAGGGGUUGGCGUAGUGUGUGUGAUUCACGAGUGGUGGUUAUGGCUAUGGGUCGUAUUUGGUUGGCUAUCGUUGAUGAUAUAUUCAGUGGCAGUGUUGGUUUAUUGUGAGCUAACACACUUGAGGUCGGCGGUAGAGCUCGGAGCUGGUUGGAUAGUGAUUCAGGGUGCAAAGUAUAGGAAAGGUAAGGAAGUCACUAAGAAGUCUUAUAAGUAGAAAUUGCUAUAAUACAUCAAAUCCUGCCGAUUUUUCAACAAGAAAUGCAAGCAUGGGCAGCAACAUAAAAAGUCUCAGACCACACGGAGACAACAACAACACAACCCCUCAAUAAAGUUGCAUGUUGAAAUGUGAGCUGUCAAUACCCUCGGGGGUGAGGGGAGGGGGGCAUAAGGAUCAAAAGUUACAAAUCACAAUUGCAAAUGAUCACACUUGUUUACCCAGGCUGGCCCCACCGAGUCUCAAGACUCUUUUUUUUCUGGAGGGUCCUGCCCAGUUUUUCACAGUAAGGGAGCGGUGCUGCCGCUGCCGCUGUUCCUGCGUGUAAUCCCAAUCGAGUGAUUUCCAGGUAAUUUUUCAGUUUUUAUAAUUUUAUUCCAUGGGUUUAAGUAUCUAUAGACAUGUGCGUAUGUAUCUAUUUGUGUGUGUAUAGACACGUGCGUAUGUACGUAGGUAACAGCCUGUACCAAUUAGGAUUGCCGCAUCUGUCCACACGUCACACUCUGCGGCUCGAAACCAGAAUGCACGGCUCCCCAAAAUUCAUUUGUCUGGAAUUUCUGCAGUUUAUUUUUUUUACGGUAGUUGAGCCGCCGUUGACGCGCGAUUGGCUCGCGGCCCAAUAAACCACAGUGCGGGGGAGCGACGCGGACAGAGCCAGCCGCCGUGGCCCUGUGGUUAAAGGCACUCGGCAAAGAAUCAGAUGGCGAAUUCACAUCAUGGUUUCGGUGUGGGGUGGUCCGAUAUUUCGGUCAUCAUUUCUUUACAUUCGUUAAAGUUAAUUGACGGCCGUGCUAAGAAAGAGGUUGGACGCUGCCGUAAUAAUGCGGAAUUUCCACCGGUGAAGAUGAUGCGCUCGUUUGAAAUGGGCAAUGCCGACUUGGAGACGGAGGCUAGAGGCGAGUGGGUAGUCACACGGCAGCACUCCGUCAGUGUUGCUGCUGGUGGAAAUUCCACGUUCCCGUGACAAGUGGCUAGUUUGUCCUCGGCCGAACACCUCUUUCACGUAGAAUAAUUGAAAGCCGUCUCAAUGUGCGCGGUCGAGCGUUGUGCAAUGGUGAUUACUCGUCACUAUUCAAGGUCGCCGUCUGAGAAUAUCCUCACGCUGCGAGUGAGGGUUUUGGCGCAUUCGGUAAGAGAGCCGCAGUCCACGUGUGAUGCAGACCUCAACCCACCCACGGGAGAAACCCUGCACACAUCUGGCACAGAACCUUGACUUCAAUCUUGGCGGAAUUCUCAGCUCGUGCGUUUCCAAUCCAAUUUACAGAACCGUGAUGUAAUGCAAUGUAAAUAUGCAAUAUAAAUAAUAAUGUAAUAAACGCUAAAUAGUGCUUAAUGAUUCUCUAAAUGAGCCCUUGCUGUCUCGUCACGCCGUGUUAAUUAAAUACAUUCUGCGGUCUCGUUGCAAGUGCUUGAACUCGGUGUUUGUUGUCCUUGAGGUUGUCUAGUGAGGGCAUUGUCCCGUAGCGGCAGCGGUGGUGAGAUAUUGUCUCCCUUGCCUGCUAUGCAGGACGUCGUGGGUUCGAUACCGAGCCGGACGCCUGCUGCUGCUGUAUAUUUAGAGUUUGCUUGUCUCUCUCUCUCAUCAUUAUCACGGUGGCUAGGAGAUGUUAACUACCUCGCCUGGUGUACAGGACGUCGUGGGUUCGAUCCCGAACCGGACGCCAGCUGUAUAUUUUGAGUUUGCUUGUCUCUCUCCCUGUGGUCGCGUGGCUUUUUCUCCGGGUCCUCCGGUUUUUCCCUCCACAUAUAAAAACACGCGGAUGAGAUGAGAGUUCUGUGUCGGUUGAGAUGAGGGUUCUGUAUGGGUUUAGAUGAGGGUUCUGUAUGGGUUUAGAUGAGGGUUCUGUAUGGGUUAAGACGAGGGUUCUGUCUGGGUUUAGAUUAGGGUUCUGUAUGGGUUUAGAUGAGGGUUCUGUAUGGGUUUAGAUGAGGGUUCUGUAUGGGUUUAGAUGAGGGUUCUCUAUCGGAUGACAGGAGAGUUCUGUAUCAUAUCAUAUUCUCCUGCAUUGACUGGCACACAGGUAAAUGAGAUGAUGGUUCUGUAGUGGAAGGAAAAAGAGUUCCCGUAUUGGAUGAGGGUUCCGUGUAGGAUUCGGCGAAGGUUCUGAAUUGCGUGCGUGAAGGUGUAUCGGCCCGGUGAUUUCUGUACUACACGGUCAUGCAUCUGAUACGGAAAACCCUUCGCCUGGUUAGGAUGCCUUUGUUCAGCUCAUAAAGUGCUGACCAAUUUCACGCAAUCAUGCACAGUAAUAAUAACCCUACACACCCUAUUACAACACUCUAUUAAACACCAUUGUCAUGUACAUGCCGUUGUUAAUAACUAAUUGCUAUUUCGUGACUGCUUCCUUGUUUUAUUAAUAUUAUGAUUGUUUACACAGGAAAGCGUUACUAUAUCUCAACUAUUUUUUUUAUGAGGAUCCUGUUAUGAUAAUUGGUUUUUAACCCUUUUAUCUGGCAACAAAACUGACACCUUUUUUUACGACGAGUCAUGUUUGCAUAGACCACAAUACCUGCAGUCAUAAUGCAAACAAAAAACAUAACUCUGAUAAUGUAUGCACUGUCUUGUUGAUUGGUCCACACCCGAGACAGCUUUCCUUAGAGCCUAGUCUCACAUGGUGUUUUGGCAUAAUCUGGUCCAACACCAUGUGAGACUAGGCUCCAAUUAUAUGUUUUACUGGCAAAUGAGGUUCCAAUGGUGAUCUUGUUAUGGUUUCACAGUUAGGGGACGAUGUCGUCGCUGCUAUGUGUACUUGAAUCCCAAUUGAGUAAUUUUACUGAUUUUGUUUUUCGGCAUUUGGGAUGUUAGGGCCAAUGCCAGUUACAUUGUACGUUUUUUUUUUCGUUUUUUGUCGCUAUGCGAGCAAAACCAGAGGACCUGGGAGAAACCCAUUCAGAACACGGGGAGAACAUGUUGAGAACAUACAGAAAGGCACCCGAGGUCAAGGAAUCGAACACGGGCCCUUGAUGCUGUGAGGCGCAAGUGUUACCGAUGCACCACCCUGCCAUAUUAACACUGAUUGUUGAACUUAAAACUCGUUAUGCGUUGGUGCGAAUCAUUAUAGGGGGGGGGGAUAAUUAAUUUAAUAUCGCUCCCGACAGCGCAUCAUCAGCCUUUUUUGUGUGGACUUAGGAUCCCCUUGAGGUAGACAGAUCCUCCGUGCGCUUGCCAAUAACAUCUGGCAACCCAGCGGCGGUAUUCAUUUAACGAACAUGACUCUGCUGAUGGAAUCCUGAAGGUUGAAACUUGAUGUGUGUGCUGCCGUGAGUUACGUUUGUGUGGAAGGCCGCUAUCCGCUGAGUCACCCGCUCCGCCCUCAUGUCAACUUAAUUCGGUAAAACUGCGGGGUCAUUUUGGUGAAAGAAGUGUGGAGUCUGCCCUCCUGAUUAUUGAUACAGAGCCCAGCCUUGCCCCCGUGCCGUGCACCUUGCUGCUUGACAGAAGAGGCUACCCCCUUUUAAAGGCUGCCGGGAUUUUUGCGCAUGACGCAGCUAAUGCGCUUGACAGCCGGGCUCAUAACGCGCUCAAAACUCGCGGCGUCCGGCGUUAGAUAAGCCGCCCGAACCACCAAGGUCUGGCAAAACUUGUACUGGAAGAAAAACAUUCUAAUAAUCGUUUACAUGCCGGGGGUGGAGCGGCGGGAACAGCGGUUGGCACAGCGGCGCUGCGAAAUUCAGCGACCUGAGUUCGACUUCGAGACGCGGAUAACCCCGCAGGUGAUGUUUGAUAUUGGAAACCCGGUCCUGCACCGCCCCCACCCCCUCCCCUUUAAGCAAACCUGCAGUGACCAGCGUGGUUUGAAGCAAUGGUCAUCCAACCCCCAUGACCCACGCAGCAUGGGAAGCAUCUUCUUGGUUCUUUCGGUAAAGUCACGUAGAAGGAAAAGAAUCUUCUUCCUAGCGUUGUUCCCGCUGUGGCGCAGGGUCCGCUUUUCGGCAUUGUCUUCUCCAUUUGGCUCGGUCCAGGGCAUCUUCAGGGGAUGCGUUGACCGUCUUCAUGUCUUCCUUUAUUCGGUCCAUCCAUCGCUUCUUCGGACGUCCGUGUGGACGGCGGCCCUCUGGCUCAAUACGCACGGCAGUCUUGGCCACCGAUGACUCUUCACUUCGCAUCACAUGGCCGUACAACCGAAGCCUUGCCUCAAGCAUCUUGUCCGCAAUGGGGGCCACACCAAGUCGCUUCCGAACGUCUUCGUUCCUGACACGAUCCCAUCGAGUGAGCCCGAGGCUCCAUCUGAGCAUCCUCAUCUCCAUGGUGUGGAGAGCUUGUUCGUGUACAGUUGUGGCUGGCCAGCACUCGGAUCCAUAGAGUGCCACCGGUCGGACGAUGGUCUUGUAUAUUUUUCCCUUCAGCCUAUCCGGCAUUUUCCGAUCACAGAGGACUCCGGUGACUUGCCUCCAUUUCAUCCACGCCGCAUUGACUCGUGACCUCACAUCAGUCGUGAUGCUACCAUCUGAGCUGAUGGUGGAGCCCAGGUACUUAAAGUCCGUCACUUUCUUCAGAUCUUCUCCGUCAAUACUGAUGGUGCCGUCGGUUUGGGGGCCACACUCCAUAUACUCCGUCUUUUUGAUGUUGAACCUCAUCCCGUUUUCGUCCAAACGUUCCUUGCACAGGCGCGUUUGUCUUUCCACUUCUCCUCUCUCUUCAUCUGAGAGGAGGACGUCAUCCGCGUAGAGAAUUGACCAUGGAAGGAGCGUGUGCAGGUCGGCAGUGAUCGUGUCCAUGCACAGGAUAAACAGGAGUGGUGACAGGGCCGAUCCUUGGUGCACUCCAACGCUGAUGGGAAAUGGCGGUGAUAUGCCCACUGCACACCUGACUGCACUGGUGACGUUCUUGUAUAGGAGUUGCACCCAAUGCACGUAGGUUUCAGAGACUCCAUGGGAUCGAAGCGAGUGCCAGAUGAGGUCGUGGGGGACCCUGUCAAAUGCCUUUUCAAGGUCGAGGAACGACACGUGCACAGCUUUGUUCUUCUCUCUGUGCCUCUCCAGCAGACCUGUUCUCCACCUGAAGACGGCUGCUUGCGUUGUGGCCGAAAC